AUGAAUUCGCGAAUGGAAUUCACAGACCGGGGCAAGAAGGCGCUCGAGGACGCCAUGACCCUGGCAGAGCAAUACGCCCACUCCCAGCUCCUCCCCGUCCAUCUCGCCGUCUCCCUCCUCGACCCCCCCGCCGACCAGUCCAAAGACCAGCAGAAUGCCCCCGCCGGCACCACCAGCACACUCCUCCGCCAGGUCGUCGAGCGGGCUCACGGCGACCCUCAGCUCUUCGACCGGGCGCUCAAGAAGACGCUCGUCCGUCUGCCCAGCCAAGAUCCCCCGCCGGAGCAGGUCUCCAUGGCCCCCUCGUUCAACAACGUCCUGCGCAAGGCCAUGGAGCUGCAGAAGGUCCAGAAGGACAGCUACAUCGCCGUUGACCACCUCAUCAGUGCCCUCGCCGAGGAGCCCAGCAUUCAGGCCUGCCUAAAGGAGGCCAACGUCCCCAAGCCCAAGCUGAUCCAGGAUGCCGUCAACACCAUCCGCGGCACCAAGAGGGUCGAUUCCAAGACGGCCGAUACCGAGCAGGAGAACGAGAACCUCGCCAAGUUCACCAUCGACAUGACGGCCAUGGCCCGGGAGGGUAAGAUCGAUCCUGUCAUCGGCCGUGAGGAGGAGAUUAGGCGUGUUAUCCGAAUCCUGUCCCGACGAACAAAGAACAACCCGGUCCUUAUCGGAGAGCCCGGUGUCGGCAAGACCACCGUUGUCGAGGGUCUUGCUCAGCGGAUCGUCAACGCCGACGUGCCCGACAACCUGACCGCCUGUAAGCUCCUGUCCCUCGAUGUCGGAGCUCUGGUGGCCGGCAGCAAGUACCGGGGUGAGUUCGAGGAGAGGAUGAAGGGCGUGCUCAAGGAGAUCCAGGAAUCUAAGGAGAUGAUUGUGCUCUUUGUCGAUGAGAUCCACCUGCUCAUGGGCGCCGGCUCGUCCGGAGAGGGCGGCAUGGACGCUGCCAACCUGCUCAAGCCCAUGCUUGCCCGAGGCCAGCUGCACUGUAUCGGUGCCACCACCCUGGCUGAGUACCGCAAGUACAUCGAGAAGGAUGCCGCCUUUGAGCGUCGUUUCCAGCAAGUCAUCGUCAAGGAGCCCUCCAUCCCCGAGACCGUGUCGAUCCUUCGUGGCCUCAAGGAGAAGUACGAAGUCCACCACGGUGUCAACAUUGCCGACAGCGCCAUUGUCGCUGCCGCCAACCUUGCUGCACGAUACCUCACCUCACGACGACUUCCUGACUCGGCUGUCGAUCUAAUAGAUGAAGCCGCAGCCGCAGUCCGCGUUGCCCGCGAGUCUCAGCCCGAAAUUAUCGAUUCUCUGGAGCGGAAACUCCGGCAGCUCAAGAUUGAAAUCCACGCCCUUUCCCGAGAGAAGGACGACGCCUCCAAGGCUAGGCUCCUCCUCGCCCAGCAGGACGCCAGCAACGUCGAGGAGGAGUUGCGACCGCUGCGCGAGAAGUACGAGAGCGAGAGGAAGCGCGGCAAGGAUAUCCAGGAGGCCAAGCUCAAGUUGGAGCAGCUCAAGGUGAAGGCCGAGGACGCCAGCCGUAUGGGCGACCACGCUCGUGCUGCUGACCUUCAGUACUACGCCAUCCCCGAGCAAGAGGCAAUCAUCAAGAAGCUCGAGAAGGAGAAGGCUGCCGCCGACGCCGCGUUGAGCACCAAUGCAACUGACACCGGUGGUUCCAUGAUCACCGAUGUCGUCGGCCCCGAGCAGAUCAACGAGAUCGUCUCCCGCUGGACCGGCAUCCCUGUCACUCGCCUCAAGACUACCGAGAAGGAGAAGCUGCUCAAGAUGGAACAUGCCCUUGGCAAGAUUGUCGUCGGCCAGAAGGAGGCUGUUGGCUCUGUCUCCAACGCCAUUCGCCUACAGCGUUCCGGUUUGAGCAACCCCAACCAACCGCCAAGCUUCCUCUUCUGCGGUCCCUCCGGUACCGGCAAGACUCUGCUCACCAAGGCUCUUGCCGAGUUCCUCUUCGACGAUCCCAAGGCCAUGAUCCGCUUCGAUAUGUCCGAGUACCAGGAGAGGCACUCUCUGAGCCGCAUGAUUGGUGCUCCGCCAGGCUACGUCGGCCACGAUGCUGGCGGUCAGCUCACCGAGGCUCUCCGCCGCCGUCCCUUCUCCAUCUUGCUGUUCGAUGAGGUCGAGAAGGCAGCCAAGGAGGUCCUGACUGUCCUCCUCCAGCUCAUGGACGACGGUCGCAUCACCGAUGGCCAAGGACGUAUCGUUGACGCCAAGAACUGCAUUGUCGUCAUGACCUCCAACUUGGGCGCCGAGUUCCUGGCUCGCCCCGCCGGUAAGGACGGCAAGAUCGACCCCACGACCAAGGAGUUGGUCAUGAACGCCCUGCGCAACUACUUCCUGCCCGAGUUCCUGAACCGUAUCUCGUCGAUCGUCAUCUUCAACCGGCUGACGCGCAAGGAGAUCCGGCGCAUCGUCGACAUACGCAUCGCCGAGAUCCAGAAGCGGCUGGCGGACAACGACCGCAACGUGCACAUAUCCGUCUCGGACGAGGCCAAGGACUUCCUCGGCAACGCGGGCUACUCGCCGGCCUACGGCGCGCGGCCGCUGGCGCGCCUCAUCGAGAAGGAGGUGCUGAACCGCCUGGCCAUCCUGAUCCUGCGCAACAGCAUCCGCGACGGCGAGACGGCGCGCGUCGAGCUCGUCGACAACAAGAUCACGGUGCUGGCGAACCACUUUGACAGCGAGUCGGACGCCGACUCGAUGAUUGUGGACGACGAGGACGACGCGGUCGAGGAGGUUGCGGGCGACAAUAUGGAUGAGGAUGACCUGUUUGACUAA